AUGUUCUUUUCUUCAUUUGCUCAUAAGUCUGCUAAAUCCACAAGCGGAAAAGCUAAAUGCUCAUUGCCAAUCGGCAUAAGGAUAUCUUCGCAUUGGAAGAGGGAACAACCUGAAUCAACCUAUGAGCACUAUCAAAAAAUUCUUCAUCACCACUAUCCAUUUGAAAUAUUUGCAGACUUCCGUACAUGGGUGGUAAAAACUUAUCAAUAUUAUUACCAAGAAGAGUAUAGAAAAGAGCAUUGUGAGCAAGAAUUGAAACUGCUAUUCCAAAGAAAGAUUGAUAUUGAACAGAGCAACAGUCAAUGGGAAAUCAAAGAAUGUGAUGAGCUGAUAGGAGUAUUCGAGGAGUUUUCCAAAUUAAAUUUGAAUAAAGAUAAUAUGCCAUCUUCAUCAUCAUCGACCAUUGAUGAUGACAGUUCAGUGACAGUUGAAUUAGAUCAGAAUGAGUUCCGAGAAUGCCAACGAGAGAAAAUCAUUGAAAAUUCCUACAACAUUGACUUCUCAGCUUUUCAAAAAGAGGGCCACAAGUUCAAUCCUAACGUUUUUCACGUUGAUUACAAAGUGAUAGAAGCGAGACGAAGACUAGACAGAGAUUAUUUUGCCGACGACUUGACUUUUUUCCCUUUUCAAUAUUGA